AUGUCGCGUUUUGGAAACGAAAAUCAAGAGAAUAUUAGAAAAGAAGUCGAAAAGUUAGUGCCACAAAAUACAAAGAGGAGUAAAGAAAGUGUGUGGAGACAAUUUUUGCAGUUUUGUUUUGAGAAAUCUUAUGAUAUUAACAGUCCAUCUGUUUCGAUUGAAGCACUGAGUCAAAUAUUAGAAGACCAUGCAUUUAACAUGAAGAAAAAAAGCUUAUAUGAUUAUAAGGAGGGUGUUGUAAAAGUAAUGUGGAAUAGCACAGCAAAACAGUUAAAAGAGAUGUUUUUUAUUAAUUAUAAUAUUAAAUUUGACCCAUUUACCGAUCCCGAAUUUGCAUCUGCCAGAGUAGCGCGUGAUGCAAUGCGAAGAAAAUUGCAGAGGGACCCUUAA